AUGAGUGCUGCCGCUACGACUUCGAACCCUCGAGAGCAGGCCAUCAACAGUUAUAUUGCUAAAGUGAAGGAACAUAGGGAAUACGAGGCUAGAUGCAAGAAACUUCGAGAGCAAAUCAAAGAGGUUGAGAAUGACUUCGAGACAUCUGAGGACCACCUCAAGGCUCUUCAGAGUGUCGGACAAAUAGUAGGGGAGGUCCUCAAGCAGUUGGAUGAGGAAAGGUUCAUCNNNNCUUCUAGCGGUCCGCGUUACGUCGUGACUUGCAAGCAGCGGUUGGACGCAGAAAAGCUAACUACAGGGACUCGAGUGGCCUUGGACAUCACCACGCUGACUAUCAUGAAGGCGAUGCCUAGAGAGGUCGACCCGCUCGUUUUCAGCAUGCUUAGUGAGGACCCUGGGGAAGUGAGGUACUCGGAAGUCGGCGGUCUGAACGAGCAAAUCAGAGCUAUGCGGGAAGUUGUCGAGUUACCUCUCACUAACCCUGAGCUCUUCAAAAGGGUUGGUAUCAACACUCCUAAGGGAGUACUAUUAUACGGUCCACCGGGAACUGGCAAGACUUUGUUGGCUCGAGCGAUGGCCCAUAACAUGACGGCAAGCUUCAUCAAGGUCGUGGCGUCGGCUAUUGUGGACAAGUACAUCGGAGAGUCUGCACGUGUGAUUCGUGAGAUGUUUGGUUACGCUAAGGAGCAUCAGCCGUGUAUUAUUUUCAUGGAUGAAAUCGAUGCGAUCGGUGGCAAGAGGUUCGGCCAGGGUACGAGUGCUGAUAGAGAAAUCCAGAGAACGCUUAUGGAGCUACUGAAUCAGCUGGAUGGCUUUGAUGAUCUCGGAGCCGUGAAGAUAAUCAUGGCCACUAAUCGUCCUGAUGUCCUCGACCCAGCCCUCCUACGUCCUGGUCGUCUUGAUCGUAAGAUUGAAAUCCCCUUGCCCAACGAGACUGCUAGAGUUGACAUCCUUAAAAUCCACGCUAGCAAGCUGGCUAAGCACGGUGAAAUCGACUAUGACGCUUUAGCGAAGCUCUCUGAUGGCUUCAAUGGAGCGGAUCUUCGCAACAUAUGUACAGAGGCUGGUAUGUUUGCUAUCAGAGCCGAGCGUGAUUAUGUUAUUGAGGAGGAUUUUAUGAAGGCAGUUCGAAAGUUGGGGGAAAGCAAGAAGCUUGAGGGCAAGUUGGAUUACGAGAAAGUAUAA